UAACGAUGAAAAAGAAAAAAAAAUGGAUAUAAUUUUAUAUCGACGAAAAGUAGUUGGAGGAGGAGGAGGAGGAAGUAGCGGUUUGACAGUUGAAGGAAACGGUCGAUUUGUUGGGCUUUGCUUGCUUUCUUAACAAAAACCUGCAACAAAGUUAGGCCUUCCAAUUCAAUCCAAUCCUUAACGCCACCAUUCCCAAAAUACUCUGAUUCACUUUCAAUCAAAGUUACCCACUUCUCUUUCCUUUUCUCUGGUUGAUCUUCAGUCCCCAUCUCUGUUUUCACCUUCCUCUCCUUUUCCCAAACCUCCCAUUUCCUUCUAUCUACACUUCCAUGUCCCCUUUUCCCUCUUUCUUUCCCCCUUUCCUCAUUGCCUUUUAGGCUUUUCCAAGCUAUCUCUUAAAUCCCAACUGCCCUUUCUCGUGGAGAUUGCUUUCCAGGGUUUUUCUGAACUUUGGCGGUUGAUAAGCUCGGGUGGUGAGACUUGGAAUAAGGAAAGGUUGUUUUCAAUGGUCAAUUCUGUUUAUUUCGUUUCGGGUUCAUCGUGUAACUGUGGUGCUGGGACUUCUUUGUUUACCCCAAAUUCGUUGGUGGAAGAAGAUGGUGCAGGUGUGGAUGUUAGAGAUGAUAAUUCUGUUGCUCUCUCUGCAUCUUUCUGGGUUAGAUUAGCGAUGAGAGUGUCUAGAGCCAGGUGGUUCAUUUUCUUACGAAGGGUAUUUCACUACCAGAAUGGAUCAAGAUCAAAUCUCGGUUCUGAUCCUUUCAAUUCUAGCUCAUGGAUGGCUAUGGAGCUGGUAGCUAUGGUGGUUCAGCUCGUCAUCACAGUGUUUGUUCUUGCCAUUUCAGAGGCGGAGAAGCCAAUUUGGCCUAUGAGACUGUGGAUAGUUGGUUAUGAUCUUGGCUGCAUUCUUAGUUUGUUGCUUCUUUAUGGGCGAUAUUGGCAUCUUUAUUUAAUGCAUGGAGAGCGUGUUGGCCUUUCUGACACCGAGCAGCAGAGGAGCAGUCAAGCAUCAAGGUGCUUGCGUUUGAUGAACAAAUGCCGAACAUCUCUCGAACUUUUCUUCGCAAUAUGGUUUGUAAUGGGUAAUGUUUGGAUCGUUGAUUCUCGCUUCAGUUCUUUUCAAAGAGCUCCCAAGCUUCAUUUGCUAUGUGUUUUCCUGUUAGUUUGGAAUGCCACCUGCUACUCCUUUCCCUUCAUUCUUUUUCUGUUGCUAUGUUGUUGUGUGCCAUUGGUUAGUAGACUUCUAGGAUAUAACAUUAGCAUGGCGUCAACCGACAAAGGAGCAUUAGAUGAUCAAAUAUCCCAGCUACCAUGCUGGCGAUAUAAAGUGAGCUCAAUGCAACCUGAUAGUAACAAAAGACUUCCAAAAGAGGAUCCAGAAUGUUGCAUUUGCCUUGUCAAGUACAGAGAUGAAGAAGAAGUAAGACAGUUACCUUGUUCCCAUUUCUUCCAUCUCAAGUGUGUGGAUAAGUGGCUCUCAAUCACAUCUUCCUGCCCUCUUUGUAAGCAACAACUUCAAAAAUAGAUAGGAAAAAGAAAAUAAAAAAGAAAAGAGGGAGAGAAGAAGCAAUUUAAACUAUUUGGCCGCAACAAAAAUUCUUCCAUUUUCACAUGAUUACUUGAAUGAGUUCACAGAAAAAUGCUGAGAGUAAAAUUCAAAAGUUACAAAUAGAAGGAAAGCGAUGACUCACUUUUAAGUCUGCCUUAAAACUUAAAAGUGCAUAUAUAUAUAUAUAUAUAUCUGUACUUGAUUUUUGAAUUCAUAGCCUCUCCUUCCUAAAGCCAUAAGAAUAAAGUUGCUACCUCAACUCUAAGUUGUGAGAAAUUUUUUGAA